GGGGGGGCUAGGAUGAAAUUUGAAAAAAAUAGGCAGGACAGGAGUUUUGAGUAAAAAAAAAGGCAGGAUGAGAUUAUUUGCAAAAAAAAAGGCAGGAUGACAAUUUAUGUAAAAAAAAAAGUCAGGAAAAACUAAAAAAAAAGGUAGGACCUUAUAGAGUGAAAAAUAAAAAGACAGGACCGAAUAGAGGGAAAAAUAAAUAGGCAGUACAAAUUUUUUAUCCUAAUAUAAAUAUUUUUGUUGAGUUGUUCAUAUUUCCCGCUAGUUUUAACUUUAAAAAAAUGUAAGUUACCUGUUACUAAAAAUAACCAAAUCAAUAAAGCGUGAUCAAUUUUUACAUGUUAGUGUAUUAGUGUAUUCAAUACACAUACACAGAAGUAAACAAAACAAGGAAAGAAAAUGGGACUAGGAGAAGGUAGUGGUUGCAGGCCCAGGGCUAGGGCUAAGAAAGACAGGAAAUAUAUUCCGGCAAUGCCCAUGCCCCUGGCAGUAAUAUGUUGUAUAUUAAAUUUUCUAGUUCCAGGUAUAGGUACAAUUAUAGCUGGUUUUUGUGUGUGUUGUUGUGCUAGAAAUGAAGAUAUGACGUGUUGUGACAAGUUCUGUAGUUCCUUUCUUAGUGUUUUGUUUGGACUUUUACAAAUUAUACUCGCACCAGUACUUUUUGUUGGAUGGGUAUGGAGUUGUUUUUGGGGAGUUUCUUUCAUUGGAAUGUCAAAGGAAUAUUAUCAUGAUAAUAAACCAUUUGACGAUGAACAACCAAACACCGUAGUAACCAGUCAACCUGGUGCAAAUGCCCAUAAUCUUGGUCAGUGGAGUUCACCGCCUGGAGGACCAUAUGGUGGACAGCCUGGUCCAAGUCAAGGAUAUUAUCCACAAGGGGGUCAGUAUCCUGGACAGACUGGCCCAGGACCCGGAUACUUUCCAGGAGGACAUACAGGAUAUCCACAAGGACAAUCUAAUCAAUUGCCUGUUUCUCCAUCUGCACCUCCGGCGGAAGACGGCAUGGGAUAUCCACAACCAGGAUAUCAUGAGCCACCACCAGGAUAUCAUGAACCACCUCCAGGAUAUCAUGAGUCACCACCUCCUUAUGAUGUCAAUGAUCCACAUCCAAAGAAAUAAUAUUCAAAUGAACUCUUUCGUGAUCGAGUAUAAUAUUCCGAAUGCCGGGAAUAUGUACUGAGGGUUAAUAUCAAUGCAAAUAUCUUUUUGUUAAACGGUGCUUUUAAACCAGUUUGACUAAGCCAUACCCCACUUUCCACUUGCGUUUGUAGGAGGGGGCUGGCUUUAGUCAGACUGCUUACCAUUCCUUAUCGGUGUGAACUUGUUUUGUAAGAAAAAGAUCUGAGAAAUGUGAGAGUCUAUCAAUUUUACACACUGUUUUAAAUAUAUUGUCCUUAUACUGUUUAGUAUUCUUUUGUUUUAAAUCACAUCAUCACUGACGUACUCGACGUUCAUCGGUGGUAAAGUUUUUAGGGAAUAUCUACAUUAACUGAAUGUUACUAUUUAUUUUCAAGAGGCUACGCCGCUGAAUCUUAUCCGAUAUAAUAUUUAGACUACCAUAUACCUUACUACAAGGGAAGAUAGUUUUAUGGUAGAACCGAUUUCCACUUUUAGUUUUACUCACAUUGUCAAAACCGGAAAGUUGUUAAACCUACUAGUAUUCGAAUAUUUAAGAGCCUAUAUGUAAUAUUCCCUUACAAAUCAUAAACAAUUAUACGUAUUUCAUUCAAAUUAAAAUGUUUUUCAUAGCUUCAUAUUGCUUUGGAAGACAAUGUUACAAAUUUCACUCCCUAUUAUCGGCAAUUGGUACGGCAGAUGCAAAUACUGAUCAAAAUAUGGUGUACACGGUUUCAAAAUCCAUUUAUUGCAACUCGAUAGGGAAAAAGCCGACACAAUCUGCUGAAAACGUAUGCCAAGCAAUUGUUGUUAAUAUAGCUCCUAUUGUUUCUGCCGUACCGAUAGCUGGUGAAAGAGUGUAAAUGUUUUGUUAAAUUUGCAUCAAUGGACGCCUGUAGCCAAAAUAAUUUAAUGUGUAUACAAAUGACAUGUUAUAGCUUUACUUUACUUCUUACAGAACUUCGGCUUUGGUUAAUAAUGUGCUUGUUAAUUUUUGGAUUAUCUAAAUAUUAUAAAAAAAAAAUUGAAAUUGCAGUUUUGAGUCAUCUUGGGCAGUUAUAAUUUGGUCGAAUAAGCGAAAAUUAACUGACAUGGUGUUAAACCUUAAAAUACACAUAUGAAUCUUUAGUGCUGUAAUCUUAAGAAAAUAUUGGAGUCUUUUAGUAAAUGGUCAGUGGUGUGAAAUAAAUCCAAGGGAAGUUUUAUUUAAACUUAGUUAAUGAUGUUUCAUGUAGUUUACAGUUACACUACUAGUAGAUUAUAUCAUUUUUAUUUUUUCUCUGAUUAUUAUUGAAUGUAAUUAUUAAUGUUAAGGCAUUGUGUUCCAUCCCAAGGGAAUGGUAUUAGUGAAGGGUUGAAUAUUUCUCUUGUCAAAAAAUUAUUAUCGGACACCUUCGAGGCAAACAAAAACGUUUCAUAACUACAUAUCGUCACUCCGAUGUUGGUACAAUAAUUGUCGGGGUGGGGUUCAAAAUGAAUCAGAUAACAGUCGAAUUUUAUUCUUAUUGUUGAACCGGGCACCCCUCGGGAUAAGCCUUGCCGUGUCUCUCUUCUGUUGUAUUAUUAUUAUGUAUGUCUGCGCCGUAUGAAUGAGUUUGCUUUCAUCAGUGAAAUGGUUACAUGUAACAUGGCAGAUGUCUUUAAAUCUCUAAUAUAUAAUACAAUUCAUUUAUAAAUCGUUAUACCAUGUAAGGAACAACCACAUAAUGUUCAGGGAAUGCAGGAAACGUCGAUAGCACUUUUUGCGUGUGUGAUUGAGUUUUCAAGGUGUUUGUGAUCGACUUUGAACGAUUAUUAGAGGUUUUGUAAAGUGCAUUAUAUUUAAUAACUGGCAUACACUUAUUAUUUAAAACAGGACAUUUGUAUAUUUUUUAAUAUUAUUUAACUGGCAUAACUAAUUUGUCUGCAUAACGUUUUUAUGUAUGUAUAUUGUUAAUGAAUCACACACUAGUCUUGUACAAAGUGCAUUUUUUAUAUUUCCAUUGUUAUAUUUUAUGACUUUUUUUUUUUUAUUAAUAAAAGAAGUGAUAAGA